AAUCAUGGCUGGCUCUCGUGUCUCGUGCGGCCUCGAGUGUUGUAAUGUCUACGAGAUAAAUGACAGUCUGCAGGAAUCGUCAAAGGCUGGAUAUGAUUUCCUGUCUAUCCCUUUGGCACAUCCCCGAUUCACAAGAGAACAUGUAGAGGGUAAAGCCAAAAACAGACCCGGUGCUUUUACGCGCUCCGAUCUCCUCCUGAGCAGUUCAGAAUGGAACAGCCUGAUCGUGGGUCGGCUGAGCACAGGCCCGAUCCUGAGCCUGGAGUCGUCCAACAACAGUCUGCGUCAGAACAGCGAAGACACAGUCACCCAGGAACUCACCUUCGCCGCCCACCUGGGUCUGCCAGCCAUUAUGUUCACCCUCACGACUGACAGGUGCUGCAACAUCGCGCGUCUUAUUCACAACAGAGUUGUUCAGGGUGUCUGUUACCAGGUUUGGGUCAGAGUUCCAAUGCAGGCGCCAGAGGAGUUGGCAGCACAGUACCGCUCAGACAAAUCUCCAAGUGAAGAUGGGUUUGGAGUCGACACUUGGACGUGGUGGAACAGAUUCCAUAGUAUAGCCAAUGUGGAGAAAAAAAUUGGCCUGGCACUAGAAGUCUCCGCAGAUCUUCCAGAACAAUCUGUUAUUGAUAGGUGGUUAGGAGAGCCCAUAAGGUGUGCCAUUCUGCCCACAUCCAUAUGGCUGACCAACAAGAAAGGGUUCCCGGUUCUCUCCCGUGCACACCAGCAGCUAGUGAGGGGCCUUUUCAAGCUCCAUGUGCAAUUUGUGGUGUCAGGGCCCCUGCGACACCAGCAUUUCAAGCUUUAUCAGCAGUAUCUAGAACAUAUUAUCAGGGUAAAUCAAGAAAUGGACCCUCUCAUGGACUUCGCAAGAGGGUACGAGGAUUACCUCCAGUGUCCCCUCCAGCCCCUCAUGGACAAUCUGGAGUCACAGACGUACGAGGUGUUCGAGAAGGACCCUGUCAAGUACUCAGAGUACGAGCGCGCCAUGUACCUGGCCAUCUGCGACAAGAUUCCCGAAGAGGAGAAGGACACUAAGGAGAUAGUGCUGAUGGUGGUUGGUGCUGGCAGAGGACCACUUGUGCGCAGAGCCUUGGCCGCGGCAAAGGCAGGACACCGGAAGAUAAAAAUCUAUGCAGUUGAAAAGAAUCCCAAUGCAGUUGUAACACUGCAAGCCCAGCAGGAUGAAGACUGGGGUGACCAGGUAACUGUAGUUUCCUGUGAUAUGAGAGACUGGGAUGCUCCGGAGAAGGCAGACAUCUUGGUCUCAGAACUCUUAGGGUCCUUCGGAGAUAAUGAACUUUCACCAGAGUGUCUAGACGGUGCACAAAAGUUUAUGAAAGAGGACGGUAUCAGCAUUCCCUGCAACUAUACCUCAUACCUGAGCCCCCUCCAGUCACCAAAGCUUUACAACGAAAUCCGCAAUUGCCGCGAGAAAGACAAGCACUUCCUGGCCCACUUUGAGACGCCGUACGUGGUCUUCCUCCACAACAAGAAGGAGUUGGCCCCCUCGCAAGCUCUCUUCACUUUCUCGCAUCCAAACAAAGAUAAAGUGAUCGACAACACGAGAUACAAGUCGCUGCAGUUCCAGAUCACAGAAGACAACGUAGUGCACGGUUUCGGGGGCUAUUUCGAGGCCACGCUCUAUAAGGACGUGUUCAUUAGCAUCAAGCCCGAGACGCAUUCCCGCGGCAUGUUCUCCUGGUUCCCCAUCCUGUUUCCGCUCAAGGAGCCCGUACCGGUGCGAGUAGGCGAGCUGCUGGAGGUGCACUUCUGGAGAUGCACCAACAGGAAGAACGUGUGGUACGAGUGGUGCGUGACAGGGCCGCUGGUGGGCUCGAUACACAACCCCAAUGGACGAGCGUACACCAUAGGCUUAUAACGGAAAAAGCCCCUAGGAUUCUUGUAUUUUGUGUUGAGACUGGUCAGUGCUUUGGCAUAACCCAAAUGGCUUGAGGAAGAGAAGACAGUGCUGAAGCCUAGAACACACAAAUUUCUCUUAUUUAAGUUGGAUUUUGCACAAGUCUGUCUCUCCGAAGAAGUUUGUGCAUCAUCUUGACGGUACUGCGGCAUAUAACAGCUUUGGAAGGACUACCUUGAGUGCCUAGCUCACCAGCCCAGCAUCACGCAAUGCUUUCAGCUGAAGGUAUGCAACGUGUACAAGCUUCCCUGAGGUGUGAGAGUCUUCUCCCAGAGAGGGAUACCAAGAUCCUAGUUCCUGGAUUACAGAACAUCAGCAGUCACGUAACAUGUUCGACCAAGGCGGAAAGUUAGAGCAUUGAGCACUUCAGUGGUAUUUUUCCCCAAUAACCCUAAAAAUUCUGCCGAAUGAAGUUAAAAAAAAAAUCAAAUUUCAUCACUUUAGCUUCAUUGCUUAUGAGAAUCAUAUUUUAUUUCAUUGUUUUUUUUUUCAUAUGUCUUUUUUUUAUGUCUUUUUUUACUUGCAACAUGACAAGUAUGAAAACAGCAAAGAAAGAGUCCACUUACUUAAUUUGUUUCAUCCAAACUCAGGCUUUACUUGUAGUCAGUGUUUUUGUAUGCAAAGUAAAAAGAAGCAUUUAAAAUAAUGAUAUUUUUGCUUAUGAAAAGUACCCUUAUUUUGGUUUCACUCCAUGUGAGUUAUUAAGGAGAGUAGGUUUUUACCAGUAAUGUACUGUUGUACAAUGAUGCAUCUCUCCUUGUGUUAAUUUUGUACUUUAGGUCGUUUACCAGUGGUGCAUUUUUUGUUAAGCCUCUAUGUACAAAAAAGAACAGAACUUGUUUUAUCAUCCUCUUUCUCCUUAACUCUGGCUUUUCAUGUGAAUUGUCUUUUCUACCCUCUUUCACAUACUUUGUGUUUUCUCUCUUAAUCUUUCCUUUCCUCUCAUUUCCCCACCAUUUUCACUCCUCACCACAUAGGUUCUCCCCUCCCCUCCCUUCCCUCCCCCCCUUCUCUCCCUUCCCUUCCCUUCCCCCCCUUCCCCUCCCCCCUUCUCUCCCUUCACCUCUUUUUCUUCUCCCCCCCCCCCCCCCCUCCUCUACUGUCUAUGCUCUUCUCUAUUGUUUUUCUCUUUGCCUGCUCUCCUUUCUCAUCUUUCUUGUUUUUCUCUCCACUAAGACCUUGUCACUUUGUAAUUUGGUGCUUCAUGGGUUGUCUGGAUUUUAGAAAUUACUCCUUUUUUGUCUUAGUCCCACACUCCUUAAAGACUCACUGGUCUUUUGAAAAAUUGUGCUUCUUCUUGCAUUGGCUAAAUACUCUGGGCUAUUCAAGUUUAGGAGUCCAGCACAGAAACACAAAUAAUGCAAUGAAAUACCUGAAUAUAUACUUAACUCCUUAAAUUUUUAUGGCUGUUAUCAGAUUCCCUCUCCCCCUCCCUCCCUUCCCUUCUUCCAUUCCUCCCCUACACUGGACCGAGUGUGGACGUUGUUUCUUUAUAUUCUCAAAGGCUGCAGACUAAAGACUAAUAUAUGAUAAACAAGCAGUGAUUCCAUUCAGUUUAGUAAAUGAAAUGUUUAAUGUUUCCGUAAGAGCCUCGUUUCAAAAUUUAGGGUACUCAUGUUAUGUUUUUACUUGUAUAAAAAUUGACAAUUUAUAUUUUGAAAAUUGAGACUAAAAUAUACAGAAUAAUAAUU